CAAUUUCAGUAUUGCAAAUGCCAAUUUUGGCACAAUCAGUUGGCAAUUGGCAAGAAGAGUCCUAGGCUCCUGUCUCCGAUGAACUCCAAGUGCUCCUAAGUAGUAUCAUUUCGGAUUUUGGAAUAGGAUUUGGUGUCAUAAACUCCAAGUGGUUAUGAUGAUGGAACUCCAGUAAACAUUGCAGCUGUUCAACCAAAAGCUAUAGGAAUCUCAGGACCCUCCAAGAAUAAUUAUGCUCAAAGCAAUGUGGUUUCACUAUUCAACAAAAUGAAGUCGGCUCAAUCAAGCUCAAAGCCAUCAUCCAUUAAAGGAUGGCAGGUAACCAUGGAGGAUGCUGUGAGUAACGAAUUAAAUCUUUUGUGUCCUCAAACAGCUUAAGCAUCUGGAUGUAGCCUAAGUGAGAUAAUGUAAACAUUAGAUGGCUUAAGUGUUCAGUCUCUAAUGUUUCACUGAAUUAUUACAAGCAGGGCAAAUUCUGAUUGGAAGUGAUAAUACAUAGGAACCAAGAGGAAGGACUGGGAAGUUUCAAUUGAUUUGGUUUCCGGGGUUUCAAAAUGAGGUUACCUUCAAAGCAUUUAAAAUGAGCAAGAUGUAAUGAUGCUGGUAGUGAUUCUAAAAAUGAACAACUGAUGGUGGUUUGUAAACUUUUCAAUGAUUUUUGUUUUGAUUUUAUCAGCAUCAUUUUCCUAGUUGUUUCAUUUGAUUGGGGAUUUAUGAUGUUGAAUACCUUUUUAUGUUGGUCCAAUCCCUCCGUUUAUGCUGUUCUUUUGGUUUAAAAUUAGUAAUUAUGAAUACUUACAGUGUAAUUAGUUAAGUGUUCAACUUUGAAUGACCUACAUUCAUUCUGGCUUUACAAGUAUGGAGUGCCUCUAGCCAUCUUUUUUGGCUUUUGUUCCUGAUUAUUUCAAGCAAUUGAAGGCUAGUAGACAUGGUCCUACUAUUUUAGUUGAUUUCAUUUUGCCUAUUUUAGAUUGUAAUAAGCUAGGUCGUGACAAUCACACUCUUUAACGGUUUGGUCUUUCAAUCAAUGUAGGCCUCCUGCAGAGCUAUGAAGUCCCACUGCUUCUGAGAAGCAAAGCAGCAAACAAGACAAGCAGGGGUGGCACCUUUAAGGUGAAAGCAUAAAAGAAUCUUUCCUUGGGUUGCCAGCACUAUGCAAGCAACAGAAUCAGGGAACCCUUUCAUGGGGAGACAUCAAACUCAUGGCACCUCUGAACACUCAGCACUCAAAAAGACAAGCAGGAAAAGGAAGGCAAUAUCUUAUCAUUCUUGGAAAGAGUUGACCUGGGCAAAAGGAAGUUUCUGCUUCUUCCUAGCCAUCAUUCUUAAUUGGAUUACAUUCUUUCUUUUGGUUGGACAAUAUUUCUAAUUCAUGUUCAUCUACAAUUUCUGUGUUUUAAUGGGGAAUCCAAACUCCAAAAGUCCAAAGUGGGCUACUUGUCUCCGGAUUUCCACCUUCCUUUACUAGGAUGCAGUUUGAAAGAGCUUUUGUAAAUAACCUCCUUUAUAACACGAGAUUUCGGAGAC